AUGGAGCACGCCGGCGAGGAAGACGGCGUCGUGGCCGUAACGUCGCAGCCGAGCAACGAGUCAGAGCUGCAGCUGUACCGAGUGCUACAACGAGCUAACUUGCUCAAUUACUACGAUACGUUCAUCAGUCAAGGCGGAGACGACGUGCAGCAGCUGUGCGAAGCCGGCGAGGAGGAGUUCCUGGAGAUCAUGGCCCUGGUGGGCAUGGCCUCCAAGCCCCUGCACGUGCGGAGACUGCAGAAGGCACUGCAGGAGUGGGUCUCCAAUCCAGGUAAGUCGCUGACCGGUUGUCCUUAG